CUGUGCCAUGGAGGUGGAAGAGAAAAACCCUGAUUCCAAAUAUGGUGACCCGAGGAAGUUUGAUCCUACUUUUAAGGGGCCCAUCCACAACAGGGGCUGCACAGACAUCCUCUGUUGUAUCCUCUUCAUCUUGGCCUUGCUGGGCUACUUUGUUGUGGGUAUUCUGGCAUGGUCCCAGGGGGACCCUCGGAAGGUAAUCUACCCCACAGACAGCAGGGGUCAGUUCUGUGGACAGGCAGGGACUCCUCUAGAGAACAAGCCUCUUCUCUUUUACUUUAACAUCAUGAAGUGUGCCAGUCCUCUGGUUCUGCUGGAGUUCCAGUGUCCUACCACACAGAUUUGUGUGGAGAGCUGCCCCAACAAAUACAUCACACUGCUAAAGGCCCUCAAGAGCAAAGAAGAUAGGGAUUAUUACAAGCAGUUCUGCAAGGCGGACAAGGACAUUUCCACGAUGAAAGCUCCUGAAAUCCUGAGAGAAAGGUUAUGUCCAGCGAUACUUAUUCCAAGCAGGCCAUUCACGCGCCGUUGCCUCCCAGCCCUCGAGACUCGGAAGGGCGUUGUGGUGGUGGGUAACGAGACCACCUUCAUGGAUGAUUCGGAUGGAGACAGAAUAAACGCCACUGAUCUACUGGAGGCAACAAAGAAAUCCAACAUGGUUGUGGAGGCACGACAGGUUGCCAUGAAGAUCUUUGAAGACUACACGCAGUCUUGGCACUGGAUCCUUCUGGGUCUGGUGACGGCGAUGGUGGUCAGCCUGAUCUUCAUCGUUCUCCUGCGUUUUCUGGCCGGGGUCAUGAUCUGGGUCAUGAUUUUGAUGGUCAUCGGCGUGAUCGGAUACGGGAUCUUCCACUGUUACAUGCAGUACGCUGAGAUGAAGGGUGUGCCGGGAUCAGAUGUCACCAUCCGUGACCUGGGCCUCCAGACGGACUUCUCUGUGUACCUGCAGAUCCAGCAGACUUGGCUGGCAUUUGUGAUUAUUCUGAGCAUCGUGGAGGUAGUCAUCCUCAUCCUACUCAUCUUCCUCAGGAAGAGGAUCCUUAUUGCCAUCGCUCUCAUCAAAGAAGCUAGCAGGGCCGUUGGUCACGUGAUGUCAUCGCUGGUCUACCCUCUCUUCACCUUUGCCCUCCUGUUCCUGGUCAUUGCCUACUGGGCCAUCACUGCAGUCUUUUUGUCCACCUCUAACGAGCCAAUCUAUAAAGUGUUCAAUAACACGGUGUCUUGUGAACACGCUGGAAGCACUUGCAACCCCGAGACAUUCAACAGCAGCAAUGUGUCUGCUCAGUGUCCGGAUGCAGAGUGCCGGUUUGUUUCCUACGGAGGAGAGACUUACUAUCACAAAUAUCUCAUCCUGUUCCAGUUUUACAACCUUUUCCUCUUUUUCUGGUGCGCCAACUUUGUGACCGCGCUGGGGCAGGUCACCCUGUCGGGGGCUUUUGCCUCUUACUACUGGGCCUACAAAAAACCUGACGACAUCCCCGCCUACCCCAUCUUCUCCUCACUCGGACGAGCGCUCAGGUACCACACCGGCUCCCUGGCGUUCGGCUCUCUCAUCCUCGCCAUCGUCCAGGUCAUCAGGGUCAUCCUCGAGUAUCUGGAUCAGAAACUUAAAGGUGCCCAAAAUAAGUUUGCCAAGUUUCUGCUCAGCUGCCUGAAGUGCUGUUUCUGGUGUUUGGAGAAGUUCAUCAAGUUCUUGAACAGAAACGCUUACAUUAUGGUGGCGAUUUACGGCAAAAACUUCUGCACGUCGGCCAGGGACGCUUUCUUCCUCCUGAUGAGGAAUAUUAUCCGGGUCGCAGUCUUGGACAAAGUGACGGAUUUCCUCCUCUUUCUGGGCAAGCUGCUCAUUGUCGGAAUAGUGGGAAUCUGUUCCUUUUUCUUCUUCUCUGGGAAGAUUAAAGCUUUUGCAGACACAGCUCCAACUCUCAACUAUUACUGGGUUCCCAUUUUGACGGUAGUGAUUGGUUCAUAUCUCAUAGCCCACGGUUUCUUCAGUGUUUACGCCAUGUGUGUGGACACUCUCUUCCUCUGUUUCUGUGAGGAUUUGGAGCGCAACGAUGGCUCCUCUGAGAGGCCGUAUUUCAUGUCUCCGGAACUUCAUGAGAUUCUCUCAAAACAAAAGCCCGCAGAAGAGACAGACCAAGCCGCGACAGCUACACCGCAACCUCAGUCGGAGGAGGAGGUUCCUCUCCAAGAAAACGGAGAGAUACAGCUUAAACAGCAAGACGUGUUAAAAGUGGAGAACGAGGAGGUGCAGCCGUUGAACCAGGAGACGCGUCUGGAGGAACCUCCUCAGACGUCUCCUCAGGAGACGGAGACGAAAGAGGAAAAGCCCGAAGAGCCGACGGAGCAAGAACCUGAACCUCCGCAAGAAACCCCGCAACAGAACGGACCUCACGAGGUGAACUCUGAAGAAAAGGAACCGGUGGAAGCGCAAGUACAGGAGGAGGAACCAGGACAACCUGAGCCUGAAGAACACAAGCCUCAAGAAAACGGACCUCAAGAGAACGAGACUCCGUUAACCCCCCAGGAGUAA